AUCUGCGGACCCCUUUGGACAUCUUGGGCAUGGUGUGCAGACCCCCCAGAGGUUGUAAACCCCUGGCCUAGUGAGCUCCUUCCUGCCUUGAGGCGUGGGGACCUCUCCUUCCACCUCCCCACUGAAUCAGUCUCACCUACUUGUGACAACCCUUCUCCAACAUCCCCCCCAUCAGGCUCCCUUUUUGAUAAUGUGCCAUUCACCUACACACUCUGUAUCCCCCUCCCCGCCAACCUGCUCGCUCUCGGGGGUGUGACAUGCAUGUUGUGCUACCUUUGUGAGCUGGGCUUGGGAGGGUUCUGAGCUCCGUGUGGGAUGACAGAUCUGGUGUGUGUUCAAGAAAUUUGAUCAGCUUUCUAGGGAGCAUGUGAUUGACUGGAACCACAAACUCCCGUGCAGCCUUUGCCACUUCAUGCCCUGUGCUCUGGAAGAGCUGCUGCAGACACAAUCCCGACAGUUCCAUCGCUACACUAGAGGUGCCUGAGGUGGUGAGCCAUGCUGGGCAGGAGAACAAGACACCCCGAAGAAGUAAUCAGCAAACACCGGAUGAACCUAUCCCACCAGGAUGCUGUGCCCCAAAGGAUCAACCCGUCCAAAGAGUGUGACAUCAGCCUGGAGGUGUUCAGCAAAUCCACACCUGAACUCAAACACAGCCGCAAGCUGGCUCAGCAAGCACGGGACAGGAGAGCCCGCAAAGCUGACCUCAAAGACUCCAACGGGAGGGAAGCAGAAACAAUUACCUUUAUUUCUGGCUCAGCAGAGGCUCCCCAGACCCAGAGUUUGUGCUGUCUUUCUUUGACUCAGGCCUGGAAUGCCUCCAAGGCCGUUCUCUGCUGUAUAGUGACCUGUGGGGGCUGCUUUAAGAAUUGCAGCAUUCACAUCCCCUGCCUGGGUCACACUGAGACUUCGAUUGAUGACGGAAGAAACAGAGAGCAAAAUGGACGUGUGCCUAGCAACAGCCCUGGCAACAUCUCCCCCGUUGAAAAGAAUGGGAACCAGAUCAAAAAGAACACUAUGGGGAGCAGCUUCAGUUACCCAGAUGUGAAACUGAAGGGGAUCCCUGUCUAUCCGAACCGGAACCCUGGCAACCAUACAGACGCAGAUUCUUGCUACAAAGAGCCCCUGCCAGAGAAGACCUUCAGGAACAGCAUAGAAAAGCCACCACUCCCCAGCAGCCACCGGAGCUCAGAGGAGUAUUACUCCUUCCACGAGUCUGAUCUGGACCUCAGUGAGUUGAGCAGCUCUAUGUCCAGCAAAGAGAUUGAUGUCCUGAUCUUCAAGAAACUGACAGAGCUCUUCAGCGUCCACCAGAUUGAUGAGCUGGCCAAGUGCACGUCAGACACUGUCUUCCUGGAGAAGACCAACAAGAUCUCAGACCUGAUCAAUAGCAUCACUCAGGACUACAACCUGGAUGAGCAGGAUGCUGAGUGCAGGCUAGUCCGAGGCAUUAUACGCAUCAGCACCCGGAAGAGCAGGGUCCGGCCCCCCAUUUCCAUUCCUGCCACCAAGAGCCAUGAGGAGAAGGCGAGCAGAGGAAACCCACCGGACAGCGGCAACGAAACCAUGCUGGAGUCCCUAAUCACCAGCCAAGACGAUUUGGCUGUGCAGAUAUCGGAGGAAACCACAGCAGACGUGAUAGCCAGGAACAUGAGGCGGUUCAGCGCUGCAGGGUCUCCAAUGAGCAGAGCUUCCUCCUACCAGGACACAGAGACAGAUUCGUCUGGAGCACCGCUGCUUCAGGUUUACUGCUAGGAUCAUGGACCAAGGCAGCGCUCUGUGGCGGGAGAGGUCGCUGGGCCUUACGGCAAACAGAGCUCCUCAUCUCUUUUAAUAUAAAAUGUGCUAUGCCA